GGGGCAGGCACCGCAGGCCUCCGCCCCUUCCAAGCUCCCAUGGCGUAUAUAGAUUGUCCUCGUCCUCCGUCUUGCCCCUAGACCUUUCUCCCUUCUGCCCCUUCCAUAACCAUCCUUCUCCAUACUCAGCCUUCUUUGCCACACAAGAACUCUUCGUUCACCCCCUCACCACUACAGCAAUGGAUUUCCUCAAGAAGGCCGCGGACAGCAUGAGCGGCAGCCACAACAACGCCAACACCGCUGGCGGUGCCGCCCAGCCUGCCGACGGCACGGCUGCCCCGGCCCAGCAGAAGGACUACGGUGACAAGAUUGCCGACCAGCUCUUCAACCGCUCCGGCUACGGCAACAAGGUCUCGGAGUCCAACCGCGAGAAGAUUACCGACUUUGCCCGCGAGCAGUACGAGAAGCAGACUGGCAAGAAGGUCGACCCCAAGUACUCCAACUAGAGCAUGCCUGGAGGUGAUUUCUCUUUGACGAAUCAGAUAUGAUAUCCCACGCUUAACGAAUGAUAGCGUCGCUGCAGGCAAUGACCCUCCUUUCAGAGGCUAGUCUGGCAGACAAUAAGAAUAAAUAAUGAAAUAAUUCCCACA